ACCAAUGAAUCUGGACAUAAAUUAGGCAUCGAUCAGUUCCAAGCCAGUCCCUGUUGACUCCCCUGUCCACAGCACUGUGAAGUGAAAUUGUGAAAGAGACAGCAAUCUUUGGUUUCGAUUAGAUCCUUUUAUCAGGCACCCAGUUCGAUUGGUAAUUCAUCAGAUCCCAUGGCUCAGCAAGAAGCAAUCGCCACCAAUCCCCGCCGCAUCAAAAUCAUAGCCGGAGCUGACGCAUUCGGCUGCAAUUUGAAAGACUCUCUUGUAACACACUUGCGUUCUCUCAACAUCGAAGUGGAAGACCUCGGAACUGAUAAAUACUAUUCCGUCGGCGAAGAAAUCGGACGCCGUGUCAGCCAGGGCAACACCGAUGAUUCGGUUGAGAUCCGUGGCCUAGUAGCUUGUGGCACCGGCGUGGGUGUUGGCAUCUUCGCUAACAAGUUCCCAGGUGUAUAUUCCGCCACCUGCCUCACCCCUGCUGACGCCCUUAAUGCCCGGUCCAUCAAUAAUUGUAAUGUUCUAGCAGUGUCUGGUAUGUCUACUGCCCCUGAAGUUGCUCUAGAUAUUCUAAACACUUUUCUCAACACCCCUUUUAAGGCUCCAUGCCCCGCUUCCGGUUCCAAUCCCUGGCCAGAAGAUAUCCAGUCCUUCUUGGACACUUCUGUUCAAGAAAUGUCUGAAAUUGGGAAAACUAAAACUGGGAGCAAUACUGAUGGUAUUAUUGAUCCUCCGUGUUUUAUUUGCUCCCUGGCGAAAAGCAGGAAUCACAAGGAGUUUACGCCCGUUGAAAUAAUGCCUGGUGCGUCUAUGAAAAUUUUGAGGGAGACUCCUACAUCGGCCAUUGUGAGGUUUAAGGCCGGCAGCCUGGAACCUGCCCAUCAUCAUACUUUUGGGCAUGAUUUGGUGGUUAUAAGCGGGAGUAAAUGUGUGUGGAACUUGACGAAAGGCGAGAAAUAUGAAUUGGGGGUGGGAGAUUAUUUGUUUACGCCAGCUGGAGAUGUGCACAGAGUGAAGUAUUUUGAGGAUACUGAGUUCUUUAUUAAGUGGGAUGGACAUUGGGAUUUGUUCUUGGAUGAGGAUCUUGAUGCUGCCAAUGCUGCUAUAGAGAAAGAGAAACAGAAGUAAUUACUAGUUGGUAUGGUAUGUAUCAUACUUGUGUAAGGGGGCUUUAAUAAAUCACUGUUAGAAGUCUUUAAGUUGCCUGUGAUUUGGGGAAAUUAUAUCAGAAUGUAUUGAUAUCUCAGGGCUUUUGUGUAUUUUAAACUAAAUAUAUGUAUGUACACUUGCUUGGGUGUGUGGAUGCCUAUGAGUAACCAAGAGUUGAGGCUUGUGGAGUUCCUGUAGAUGCUCAUGUCUGUCUCUCUUUUGCACUUGCUAUACACUGAGUGGUUAUCUCUCAGAAAGAUUCCAGCUUCUUCUUCAGAUAUUUAAUCUGUGAAUUAUUGCAUUUUGUUGAAACUAAAUUAA